AAUAUGCAUUUUAAUCACUUAUUCUAACCAUCUAUUUUUGUGUUUAUGUAUAAGCACUGUUUCUACUGAGACUAAUGACAACACUUGUUAUGACUGUUAUCUCGAUAGACUUGCGCAAUGCUUUCUCUCUAAUCUGAGGGGGUUUUGGUGACUGCUUUUAUUGUUUGUUUCAGAAACAACAGUGGUAUCUUUAUUUACAAAGGCAAAGUGUCAAGCAGAAGAUGUCAGACAGUCAUCUAGUGAGGUUCAAUAUUCUUAAAAGAAAUAGAUUAACACCUCCUAGGAGCAGCUUUAAAUACUCAAAUUUUAAAGACACAUGUUGCACUUCAGCAUUUUUGGACAGCAGAUGCAACGAGUCAGGAAAAGAUCCUGAUGCAGAACGUGAAGAAGCACCGAGUGUAACAAGUGUAUCAUCACUACAGGGGCAUUCUGAGCACGUCCAUCCAAGUGCCUUCUUUCCCAGGUCACCAUCGAUUGAAAAAGAAUUUAAUUCUAUCUCCUUAUCAGAGGAAAGAGAAACAAAUAGUAGUGCAGUUUUUUUUGAAACUCCUAAAUCAGGUAGAAAAGGCUCCUCACUACGCAGGAAGUUGCUUUUACCCAAUACCAUCAAAACUAGCACAACUGUAGGAUGCUCUGAAAGACAACUUAGUUCUUCAGGAAGCAUCAGGAAAAAAAUAUUCUCUUGUGUUUUGAGCUCUGAAGAAAAGCUUUCACAAACAGUUGCAUAUUCUCCAAAAGAAAAAGGUUACAAACCUCUGACAACUAGCACUUCAGAACCUGAGAAUUCUAAUCCUGAUUCUCCAAAAAGGAGGCUUUCCUUUUCACAACAGAGGACUUCUACACUAGAGGAGUCCCAGUGUAAGGACCCCUUAUUGUUAGAAUCAGAAGGUUUAUCUCCAAUUCAGUGGAAGGAUGCCACUGCUAGUAACACUAAUGAAUUUAAUGAAAAUGUUCUUAUGAGUGUUAGAGAUGGGGUGCUUAGGACUCCCACUUACAGUAGGAGUAGCCUACCUGAGGCCAGUGAGGGCAAAUACCUGACUUCUAUCACCAGUCCAGUGGAGAACCUGAACUUUGGACUAUGUGAUAUAAACUCUCCCCCUGUUAAGGUAGCAAAUUACCCAGAUCUUUCAACGCCUGAAGAUAGUGGAUACAAUUCACUUCCUUUGGACAAAUCAGGAGACUCAUUGUCUGAUUACGAGGGAUCUUUCCAAGAGCUCUUCCAAAAGCACAAAGAAGACUCCAGAAUUUUAGACAGUAAAAGAAAGACAAGAAAACUUGAGAGAGUCAGAAGGUUAUCCACUCUUCGGGAACUAGGCUCCCAGUCAGAGACAGAAGAUAAUCAUGGCAGUCCUACUUCAGUGCAUCUAUUAACAAAAGAAAGAGACUUUGUCAGUGAAGAUCAUGAGUUAGUUCUAAAAGAACAGCCUAGUGGAGACCUGGUUGUAAGUCAUGGAGAUCUCUCAAGAACUCCAGCUCUGAAAAUAGUUCAUGAAAUUUGCUUGCAAAGACAAAGAUUGCACCAAAAGCAAAUCUCAGACAGUAUUGAUGGAACAGAAAUAUUUGCAUUAGAUCAUGUUCUUCCUGGACUUAUUGGCAAGAAAAUGGGCCUUGAAAAAUUAGAUAUUUUAACAGAAUUGAAAGAUAGGAAUUUAAAACAUGUUCUUGCUAUAGUUUUAGAUGCUUUGACUGUAGAAAGUCUAUGCAGUAUUUGGAAAGUAAGCAAAAGCUGGCGUGAAAUCAUUGUACAAGACAGAAGUGCAGAUAAAAGGAGAAAGUUGUACACAAAACAGCUGAAAGAAGCAGCUCGGGAAUAUUUAUUGAAGGCGGAAGAUGCUGCUACAAGGCUUAAUAUUCUCAAUAGAUCUGCUCUAAGGCCUGUUCAAGCUCAAGCCAGAACUCCUGUUUUACAGACACCACCUUCACACACUGAACUUACACCUAGGAGAUGCAGUUCUGUUCCCCACUCAGCUAGUAGGCAGGAAGAAUACAUGAAAGUUGCUAAAACUCUGUUCACUGAUGAAGCUCUAAAACCCUGUCCGAGAUGUCAAUAUCCUGCUAAAUAUCAAUUGGUAAAGAAACGGGGACUGUGUAGCAGAGAAGCAUGUGCAUUUGAGUUCUGUAUUUUAUGUCUGCAGGCAUUCCAUGGGUCAAAAGAAUGUAACAGUUUAUCUGCAAAACGGAAGAAUAAAAAAGAUGCUCCACCAGGAAGUGCCCAAAGCAAAAGAAAUUUAAAAAGGCUCUAAAUUUGUAAAGCAUGUAACUCCUUACAUUUAAUUCUUUUCCCCUUCCCCUAAAUUCCUGAUCUUGUUCCGAUUCUUCCUAAAGGUAUGCAUUUUGAAAGUAUCAUCCCAUUUGUUCUCGUUU